AUGAGCUACGCCGCUGCUGCAUGCCAGGCUAUCGCUCCUCGGCGCCAGCGCCAAUACCCUACGCCGCCGCCAUUCCUUCGCCAGCCACCACCAACACCGCCAACGCCAUCGCACCCACCUAUUGGUCAGCGCUACGGCCGGAGGAAGACCGACCUUUGGCGCAACCCGAUCACCGCCCACUCUGCUACCACUGUGGAGAGGCUGGCCACACCUACCGCCACUGCCAGUACCGCGCAGAACACUCGCAACGAACUCAACGGCCAAAACAAGUACAACGGUCGUGGGACAAGGCUGGACCGAACAAUUGCAAUAGUCGCAACGAGCACGGUGGUGGUGGGACAAGACCGGACUACGGGCACCGACUCGGCCCAAGCAGCUCGUGGAGCGAUUGGAACGCUUACAACAAGCACAGUGAGAACAACAGCCAUAAUGAACACAACGGUCGUUGGGCGGCGUGAGACCACGGGUACCGUCUCGGGCCAAGGAGCUCAUGCCACCAAUGGUACGCCAGUGCAGUCAACCAAGUCUCUUCGCUACAAUUUGAAGUGGUACAACAAAAGCCUAUUUAAUGAAUCUGUGAACGCCAGUCACCAUAUAUGGUUCAUCGAAACAUCCAAUCGACGGAAGCUGAGUGCCCGCGAAGCCUGCAGUGUCGAGUCGGCUUGCCGGCACAACGGCGACUUCACCGUCCAUCUGCUGUCGACCGGGAACAUCAGCUCCUCCGACUGUCCUUACCACGGCGUACUUUCGAAAAUACCCAAUUUUCGGUCUUCUGCGAUAAAUGCGAGUGCUAUACUGGCGGGUACACCGCUGGCAUCCAUUCAAGCCAACGGAGGAGCGCUUAGUCAAAGCCGCUAUGCUUCAGAACACCUCAGUGACUUUCUGCGCUUCGUCUUGCUUUGGAUCCACGGUGGUGCCUAUGUGGACUUAGACGUGAUCGUGAUGAAGUCACUGGAAGGAAUAAGGAAUACCGUGUUCUACGAGUCCGACAAUUAUAAAGGAUAUUUGGCCAGCACUGUGCUGUUCUUCGACAAGCAUCAUCCCGCCCUCGGAGCGAUGAUCGACGAGUGCGCACGUAGGUACGAUCCUGCAAAAUGGACCAUAGCCGGACCUCAAGUGGUGUCGACGCUUGUUUCAGACGCUGUAUUUUCUCGCAUGGUAAAUAUCGCUAGUUCGUCGGCGUUCCUGCCGGUUUAUUAUCCAGGCUGGAAGAGCUUAUUCAUUCCCGCACAUGCGUCAGAUGUACUAAAAAGGAUAAACGGAAGCUACGGCGUCCACUUCUGGAACAGUAUGAGCAAAGGGACACGAGUGGUGCCUGGGUCUGGUUGCGGGUUGGACCUCCUCGCUCGUGCCCACUGCCCAAGCGUGUACAAAUUAGCAUCCUCUGAUGGGGACCUUUGA